AAUAACUCAGAUCAUGUUCAGACUGUCAGGAGUAAAUACAGGAACCACCUUGGCCUCGGAACAUGAUUGGCUGUGAGGGCCUGAAGGGGUGACGGCCUGAGAGGUGGCUGCUCCAAUGGCGUGGGCCGAGCCACGGUCCGGUCCAGACCCAAAGCCCGAACCAAAACUCACACCUCACAAUCUAAAGACUCGGGACACUUUUUCAUCAGCUAUCCUUCAAGUCCAGCCUCCAGUUUUACUGCCCCUCCUUCUUCUGCUUGCUGCCUUUGCUGCCCUGGGUAUUGCUGGUCCACCGCAGCCAGCUUGCCCCCCUCUCCUGUCUGGACAACCUUUCAUCAUCUUCUGGGGCAUCCCUGACUCUUCCUGCUCCGGUCGGCCAGAUCCUAGAUCUUUCGGGAUGGAACGGGAGGGCCGCGUGGCCGUCUUUUAUGAGGACACGCUGGGGAACUACCCUUAUUUUAUAGAUAAAGACACACCGGUCAAUGGGGGGCUACCACAGCACACACGGCUGGACAACCACCUCCAGAAGACACAGCAGGACUUGGAGGCAGCUUUACCUGCCCCGAGGUACCUUGGGCUGGGGGUGCUGCGCUGGGCAGAGUGGGUCCCCCAGUGGUCAAGGACCCAAGAGAGGCAGGCGAUGUAUCUGGAGGCAUCGAGAAACCUGCUGAAGACUUUCUUUCCUAACUGGACCCCGGAGGAGGUGGAAAAGUGGUCACAGGUGGACUUCGAGGCAGCAGCCCAGUCAGUAAUGAUGGAAACUCUACGGGAGGUCAAAAGGUUAAGGCCCAAAGCAUUAUGGGGCGUCUCUCCUUACCCCAGCUGCUACAAUGGCGAUCCCACCCAAACCAUGUUGGCCAAUUACACCGGCCAGUGCCCUGCUACGGAGAUGGCCCUCAACGACGAGCUUCUGUGGCUGUGGAAACGAUGCUCCGCCCUCUACCCUCUCCUCACCCUGGAGAAGAUGCAGUGUGGGACCUCUGGAGCCAGGCUUCACUUGUCCAGUCAAAUCAGAGAAGCACUACGAGUAUCAUCUUUGACUGGGACUGUGUCUGAUCUUCCUGUAUUCCCAUUGGUCAAGAGUGUCUAUGCAUCAACUAACACUUUCCUGUCACAGGCAGACCUGGUUAGCACCAUAGGAGAGAGUGCUGCCAUGGGAACAGCUGGAGUUGUCAUCUGGGGGAAGAGCGAGACUAAGACGGAGAGAGAGUGUCAAGACCUGGCAGAGUUUGUCUGCAAGGUCCUGGGACCCUACUCCAUCAACGUCACCACGGCAACUCGACUCUGCUCAGCCUCUCUGUGCCAGGGAAAGGGCCGAUGCGUCCGUCAAAAUCCAGAGAGCUCCGUCUACCUCCACCUCCCACUGCCGACCGAAGUGGUGGAGAAGGUGACGGAGAAGGAAGAGGCAGCAAAAACCACAGAUCAGCCAGAGACUAACACCAAACCAGCAGAACCUGACCCAGCUGAGAUCUGGAAGAAGGACUUCCAAUGCCAGUGGUACAAGACCGUGGACGGAGACAUCUCAGACCAGCAGUCCCCCAAAGACGGAGCAUCUGUUGGGGGUGCAGUAAAAAAAAUUACUGGAGAUGUAUUGGGGAUUACAGCAACUUCUACAACAAAAGGUGCCUCUGUGAUUGAGUUGAGAGGAAGCAGUUCACCUGGAACCGGAAGCCCAACGCCUUCACUGGAAGUAACUACAGACGGUGGAACAAAUUCACUGAGUGCCCCAAACCUGAGUGUUCUGCUGUUGCUGGUGGCUGGAAGUCUUUGCCUGGAACCUUAAAAUAAGAACAAACCAUCCUUCACCUGGAAGGUCUGGGCUAUAACUGUAAUACGAGCCCUUCUGAAGUGCCCUUGAGCAAAACACUGAAUCUCUGCUAGCUGCAGGAGUGCUGCUUUGUUAAAAAAAAAAAAAAAACGAUGUUCACAGGUGGAACUUCAAAUCUAUCACUGAAUGUGCCGAGAGACAGCAGUGGUACAAACACAUGUCACUUUUUUCCGUUCAUACAGGCUGAAUUUAAACCUUUAGGAGAGAAGAGAUGCGACACACAAGAUAGACUUGACAGUCGUUACACCGUCACCACAAAUAUAUACAAGCAGUCUGUAAAACCUGCGCAAGGUUUUAUUCUCUUUGCACAUUUUGUUGUUACAUUUCAGUCCUAUGUUAAAUGGUAAUUAUGAGUUUCUCUUUCUAUUAAGUAGACGUGCUGGGUUAAAAGGCUGGUUCACCCCAAAUAAUUAAAACUCUAUUCACCGUCAUUGGAUUGGAGUGACAGCAGAAAGGUCAGAGGCUAAUAUUUUAAAUCCUUCAAAUGAAACCAAAACAAUCUGCUGUGCUAGAUAGUAGAAAGGUCAGGGAGACCUUCUGUGUACUUGUAAACAGAGUGAACCCGUCAGUUAAUCUUCCUGACAGAGAUUGUCAUUUUCAUAAAUCUUUUAGGAGUUAGUUAAGCAGCAGUU